ACUUAGCAAAGAAAAAGCUUAACUCAGGCCUUCGUUAGGUCUCUCCUUCCUUCUAGCACAUUGGCCAGUUGUAUGAGGAAAGUAGAGGUGGAGUUGGGUUCAUGUACAACAAUAUGGAAUUCAGCUAGAGUGGAUGAGGACAGAAAGUUUUAUGACUCAGCGGGGGUAAGAUAGGAAAGGAUCAUUGUUCCCAAUUAAGAAAGAGAGCCCUGGACAACCAGUUAGAGAAUCCCCCGAUUAUCUCUCUGACGUAAGUCACUGAAACUGAGAUCUAAGGCAGGUCCUCUGUGAGUCAUAAGCACUUAACCCAGUGGGGAGAUUCCAGAACAGGAUAUUUCCUAGUUUGAGAAUCCCUCUCAUGCCAGAUAUGGAUACAUUUGCAUUUUACUUUGAACGUUGCUGGACGAGCCCACUUUUAGGCAGUUCCACUUCCCACUGGGUGGGGCAGCAAGUCCUGUAAAGAGGUUCCCUGCUGCACGACUCUUAAACUCCUGGUAUUCCAGCACCGACCUGCUUUGGAGAACCUGAUUCUGAGACUCCAGCAGGAUGUCUUAUCAACAGCAGCAGUGCAAGCAGCCCUGCCAGCCACCUCCUGUGUGCCCCACGCCAAAGUGUCCAGAGCCAUGUCCACCCCCGAAGUGCCCUGAGCCCUGCCCACCACCAAAGUGUCCACAGCUCUGCCCACCUCAGCAGUGCCAGCAGAAAUAUCCUCCUGUGACACCUUCCCCACCCUGCCAGCCAAAGUAUCCACCCAAGAGCAAGUAACAGCUUCAGGAUUCAUCAGGAUCAUGAAAGGAUAAGGAUAUUUGGCUCACCUCGUUCCACAGCUCCACCUGCAUCUUCUCACCAAAGCCUUCCAUGGAUGCACAGGGAGCUUCUUUCUCCUUAACCUGUGACCUGCCCAUGAUGAUCUGUGACAGCGAAAGGUUUCCUUUCUGGGUUGCCCAUACUGCCACUGUCCAGGUGGAGCUGAGAAAAGGAAGUCCUGGGCUGUGCCAGCUGCCGGAGCUUCAGAAGAAAGAGCAAUAGCUCUCACCCUGGGAACCAUCAGAGAAUUCUGUUGAUGUUUUCUGUGUCUGUCUGUCCCCUGGGCAUGAGCUUCUACCACCUGUGCAGUUGUCACUUUCCUUUCACUCCCUGAAUAAAGUAUCUAUGCAUAA